UGUGAUGCAUCGAAUAAAAAAAAUCCACUAGCAAAAAAAAACAAAUUGCUUCGAGUAUCCUCAUUACCAUUUCAAAGAACUAUGGAUUUUAGUUCUUCUAUUACCCCGGGAUUUUGUCCGGAAUGUGGAUCAAUUCUGCCUUUGCUGAAAAUGACGAGAACGGUGACGUGCUACAAUUGCCACAGCAACUUUAAUGAAGCAGUAUACGGAACAAUGGAAAUGGAAUACACCAUACCUUUCAACUCGUACGAGAUCAAAAAAUCAAACCAACAGCAAAAGCUCAAAACCGAAUGCGAAGAAGAAAUAGAGGGACCCAUCGUGUCUCGCCGGUGUCCAAAAUGCGGCAACGAUAAGAUGUCCUAUGCUACCUUACAACUCCGGUCGGCAGAUGAAGGUCAAACGGUUUUCUUUACCUGCACAAAGUGCAAAUUUAAGGAAUCAGAAAAUUCAUGAUUAUGAUAGUUACUUUCCAAUUAAGUAUAAACUUCUUUGUUGAAAAUAUAUAUUUUUCACAACUUAACUUACUAUUUUCUUACAACAUAGAUUUAAUUUUAAUGCUGUGAAAUAAUCACUUUCCUU